CAGGAGUCUCUCUUCACUCUCGAAUAUCUCUCGUUUCCACCACUCCACUCUUAUGCAACGUCUGGUUUUCUUCUUGCUCUGGGCGCUUUGCUGCUUUAAUGGCGUUGACGCUGCUGAAUGCACCGGCGCAGAAAACCAAAGCAUCACGGACGCGUACGCCGCGGCUGCUGCUACGAGCGCUUGCUCCAGCUACGCCAGCACCAACAUCUUGAUCCUUAUCACCCCUCCGUGUUCAGCGAGAGAUUGCGUCGGUGUCAUGACCGAUCUGGCCAACACCAUUCCGAACUGCACGUCACCAGGACUCUCAACGACUGAGAAGGACCAACUCCUUCGAUCUCUCGACAUUUGCGCCACGCCAGCUCCGACUCCCGCGUCUACAGCUUCGUCAACCAACUGUACGAGCUCCCAAGCUGAAGCCACAUUCAAUGCGUUCUACGAAGCAGCGAACGGCACAUGUGCCAGCUCCACGACCAUCGAGCAGUACAGCAUCAUCAUCGACACCCCGUGCACCUCAACAUGCGCCGAAACCGUACACAGCUUUGCUCAGUCCUUACCAAAUUGCAACUAUCAAUUAUCGAACGAAAACAGAAACAAGAAGCAAGAUAUUGCAACACAGUUCAGCUACUGCGAGAUGCUGGACAACGCCACAAACAUCAGCGUCUACGUCGAUUCAGUCGACAACCUCUUAGGGUCCGCGGCCGGCGUGACGACUGUAGACCCGAAUUGUACGGCUGAGGAGAUCGAAGAGACUGUGGCCUUCUACUUGACAGUAGCAACUAACGAGUCGUGCAUGUACGACGCGUCCAUCUGCGCCUAUGACAUCCACGUGAACGCCGACUGCGCUUCGCCGUGCGGCCGACUCGCUCGACGACUCGGAUACGACGUACCGAGGUGCUACUUUAACCACAAAAACCACCGAGAAUCGCUGAGUGGCAGUUGGUACCAGUGCGAAUGGAUCGUCAAUCCCGUCAACAUUUCCUUCAGUUUCCACUACUCAGACAUCCUCAACGCGACAGUCAACUCAUCCGUCUCCUGCGACCCUGACUACGACUCGACCGUGGCGUCAGCGUCAGAGGACAACUCGCUCGGAGACAGCAGCGCACAGACAGAUAGCGGUGCAAGCCAAGGGUAUACUGUGUGGACAGCUACGUUGGUUGCUCUAGUGGCUCUAGCUAUGCAGCUCUAGGAGAUUGACUUGGUAUGAAUUAAUGCUGAGAUUUGCUGUGUUUACGUCCA